CCUUGACGUUGCAGGAAGAAUCAGGAUGCAGUUUGGUGGUGUUGUCUUCAGCGCAAUGAUACUCGGCUUUCUACUGUUCACGUCGAUUUGGGGUGCCAUGCAGGAAGAAGAGGAGCCCCCGGUUACCAAGUCGACUGUCAAUCAGCGGAAGCAGAGCAACAAGUACGAGAUCAGCUUUUUCGAUCCAAAAACGAACCGAACUUACAAACAUCCGGUAGUGAGUUUCGCGACGCCGGGAUAUUUGGAAAACAACGAAGACAGACCGCGACAGGAAGUGUACGGAAAUCAGUGCCAGUGCGAGGGGCUGCGGUGUGGAUGCUGCAUGGGCAUGAAGAUCCGGCAGCUCAGCUUCAAUCAACAUUUUUGCACAAACUUGGAGUACGACCCGUACGAUUUCGCCAUCAGCGUGGACGUCCUGAUGAACGACAGCAGCAUUUUUCACAACUCAAUUUCGGCCAAGAACCCGCCACCCCUGUGCCUUCCGGUGCCGAUCCCGUACAUCCCGCUUAACGCAGACCUUUGCAUCCGGCUGUUCGACAUCUACACACCGCGGCGGAAUCUGCACGCCUGCAUGGACAUCGAGGCCCGCGUCUGGCGCUUCCCGCUACUGAUCCUUCACUUUGACUGCAUGCGAAUGGGUCUGGACGGUAUCACGCUGCUCAAGCCGCAAGACGGCGAUGGGUUCGACUCGUUUUAUCCGGAAGCACAAACCCCAGGACAAACUUCCAUCGACGUCUACGACGAGGUGGAAGGCAUUAAAAAAGGACAUUCGAAUCGCAUCCAAUAAAGCAACAUCUUGAAACAAAUUUCGCCUACAGUUAGUAACAUCAAUUAUAUCUGCUCUGUUAAUUCGCUAAAACACUAAAACAAAGUUCGAAGCGACCACUUAAAAAAUCUGUUGAGUCAUGCUGAUCUUCACUUCUUCGGUUCCUCAUUUUUCUUGGUGUACGUCAUUCCGACGCCCACGAUCAGCGCCACCACCGUGAAACCCUGCGCCAAGAUUCGAGUUCUCAUCA